AUGAGACUCAGCCGCACUCUCGCUGUGGGCCUCCUCUUUCUGGCCCCCGCCUCAGCUAGCCAGGAAGCAGCAGCAGCAGCAGCAGCAGCAGCAGCAGCAGCAGAGGGGGAGGAGGCGGGGCCUGAAAGCGCUGCAGUUGCGGCCUCGCCGCCCCCGCCUUCCCACCAGAGUCUUCCCGAGGCCCCCCGCACUCCCGAAGCCCACGCGGCAAAGGACGCCCCCGCGCUGGAAGAGCCCGCUGCUGCGCUGCAGCAAAAGGCCUCAGCAGAAGCGCCGGCUAGUGCGGCGGGAGAGGAGCUGCAGCAGCCAAAGGCCUCCCCCGACGCUGCUGCUGCUGCUGCUGCUGCUGCUGCUGCUGCUGCUGCUGCUGCUGGCCCCCCCGCCCGGGGCGGGCCAGCUCCGAGCAGAGGGGCCGAGAGGGGCAGCCGCGAAGCCGGACUUGGCAAAAAAAAGAAGUUUGAAGAGUCGAAAAAGCCGGAGAGGACCGCCAGCGAAGACAGCGCGGAAAGUUCAAGUCCGGAGGAAGCAGCGAGCUGCAGGAGGGGCCGCGGGGCGGACAGCAGCAGCCGCGAGGCUCCUCGCGAGAAAAGAAGAAGUUUAAAAUACUUAAAAGUGAAAAAAGUGAAAAGAUCUGCGCAGAAAGGCAGCAGCUGCGGCCGCGGGAGCUGCGGAUACACCCGAAGCAGCUACCGGGCGAAACCUGAAUGGAACGCCUCGGCCGAGAGCAGCAGCAGCGGCUCUGCAGCAGCAGCAGCAGAAAGCAGCAGCAAAAUGCAAAUAAAAAAGAAAAAAAGUGGAAAUAAUCCCGAAAAAAUGCAAGUCGUGCGCACGCUGCAGCUGCUGAACUUGCUGCUGCAGCAGCAGCAGCAGCAAGCUGUCCACUUCUCAAGCCGCAGCGAAGCCCGCCUCGACGCCGCCGCCCUCGCAGUGGCUUACGAGAACUUGCUGAACCAAGUCCACAGAAAAAACCACUCACUC